UAUUUUUGCAUAUUAACUUCACUAGCACAAAAAAAAAGUGUGCUUUAAAAUACAGUGUACUAAUAGAAAAAGUUGAGGUUCAAUAAGGCCAAUAGAUCAGGAGACAAUUGUCUUGAGAAGAUAGUUUCUUACAGUUCCUAAGAGGAGAAUGCCAUACCACGCAGGGCCACAGAAGAAGACACUGAGGUCAGUCUCAGGCAUAGAGAGAAAGGGAACUAGUGGGCUGAAACCUUUAUUAUUGUCUCCUCCGGAAGAAAGAGGUGAGGCACGGUAAACAGGUUUAGGAUUGGCCAGUUUUAAUAAUUUCCAAGGGCUCUGGAGUGUAGGGGCAGGCCAGGUUAUCUGGUGCUGGCUCUGGGUUGAUUAGGGAAGGAGGAUAGGGGAGUGUGAGAGCUCAUACAGACUGUGAUAAAGGGGGUAGUUGGAAAUGUGGGCUCCUGAACAGUUGGUUUGCAUAUGAAAGGAGAGUUUUGUUUGUUCUCUCUAGGAGUUAGCUAACCUGGGAGGGGCAGUCCCUCCAGGAGCCUCAGAAUUACAGAAAACAAAAAGACACAGUUAAUACAGAGUGGAGUCAAAUGAAUAUAUGAAAUAUUUGUUCAUAUGAUAUUUGGAGAAUUGAAUUUUAAAGUAUUGUUUCUAUUUAAUGCUAAAGUAUCUUUGAAUUUUUGAAAGUGUUUUUUUGUUGUUGUUGUUCCUCAGUGGAGUUUUAAAGUUUUCGUGAUAUUAGCCCUGCUAAUUUUUGUUAAAUUUUUUCCUAGACAUUAAUCUGUUUUGUGCUAAGUUCUUCUGCUAUAUUUAUAGUGCACUAUUGUUUGCAUAUUUUGUGUAUUAAUUUAUACCUUAAUGAAUUCUCUUAAACCUCUUCUUCCUUUCAUAGAGAACUAACUGAAGGUUACCACAGGGGAAGGGGGGGUCGGAUGGGUGAAAUAGGGGAUAGGCAUUAAGGAGGGAACUUGUCAUAAUGAGCACCGGGUGUUUUAUGGAAUUGUUAAAUCACUAUAUGGUACACCUGAAACUAAUAUGACAACUGGAAUUAAAACACAAACUUAAAAAAUAAUUAAUUUAAAAAAGAAACACCUCUUCUUCCUUUCUUUUAUCUGGUGGCCUUUGUUGGUACUUCCAGAACAAUGCUAAAUGAUACUGGUGACUGUGGGUAUGCACCACUUUUGUUCUAGGUGUUUUAGAAUCAGCAUAUAUAUAGUUUAUCUGCUUUCUUCUUUUAGGAGGGGCAAAAGAUGACAAGAAAAUCUCCCUUCAGGAGUUACUGAGGCUGCAGGGUUUGAAUGUCUUCCCCGAAGGAUUGUAAAGUCGGAAAAGAACCCCCAGCCUUUCCAAGUUGGUCCUUGUGCUUGUGGACACCUGCAAUAAAAGGCUUCAGUUCAAGAACCAUUGCUCCUCGGUUGUCAUAAACCAUUUGGGGAUCUCCUCUGAAGUCUCUAGCCCUCUCUCACUUCCUGCCAUAAAAGCUUUUCUGUCUCCCUACCAAGAGUGUGGGUUUUGCAUCUUCAGAGCUGAAUGAUUCUUAGACUCCCAGCACUCCUAGGUCCAGUUUCAGGUAAAGGUGGUUCAAGGCCAACUCAGUGCAAAUCUCUUCCCUGAAAGUGAGGCUGAUCGAGUUCCCUGUCCUGGAGAUGGAAAUGCAGGCUCAAUGCCUGGAAAGGCCUGCCGAUGGGCUGAGUCAACCACAAGCCGCCCUCCCUCCCCAGACAGAGGUGAGCUUUCUGGGAACCCCUGCAGGGCACUGCAGUCCUGAGAGUGUCCACCCUCUGGAAAUUGUGCAAUCCUGUGUGGAACCUAGCUGAUUCAUUGCUCACUUUGAAGAGUAAACUAUUCAACAGAAAAGCUUGAUGUUUGACUAAAGCCCAGGAGCACACAUGAUUGAACCCUCUGUGGCCAUGAUGGGAAGCAACUAGGAUUGUCUAUUCAUAUGAGUCUACACACCAGGAAACUCCCUUCCCGGCCUGGAUCAGAAGAAGCGUGGCGGCCACAGAGGAUGCUGCCUCCUGAUGCCCCCUCCACCCCCACUGUUCCCACCACCAUUCUUCAGAGGGGGCCGAGGUCUGCUUCUCUCCCCAGACAUGAAGAAUCUCAUCCUGGAACUAGAGACCACGCAGUCCUCAUGCACGCAAGGAUCGCUCGGCUCCCCUGGGCCCCCUGGCCCCCAGGGCCCACCGGGACUUCCUGGCAAGAUAGGACCAAAGGGAGAAAAGGGGGAGCUUGGCCUACCAGGAAGGAAGGGUAGACCUGGCCCCCCGGGUGUUCCUGGCAUGCCCGGGCCAGUCGGCCCCGAAGGACCCAGGGGUGAAAAAGGUGACCUGGGUAUGAUGGGCUUGCCAGGGUCAAGAGGACCAAUGGGCUCCAAGGGUUACCCUGGAUCCAGAGGGGAAAAGGGAUCCAGAGGUGAAAAGGGUGACCUGGGUCCCAAAGGAGAAAAGGGUUACCCGGGAUUUCCUGGAAUGCUGGGGCAGAAAGGUGAAAUGGGUCCAAAGGGUGAGCCUGGGAUAACAGGACCCAGAGGACCCAGAGGAAGACCAGGAAAACGAGGCAAGCUGGGGCAGAAGGGAGAUAGUGGAGUAACGGGCCCACCAGGCAAGCCUGGGCCUUCUGGUCAACCUGGCCGUCCAGGUCCCCCAGGCCCCCCGGGCCCCCCAUCCACAGGACAACUUGUGAUGGGACCCAAAGGGGACAGAGGAUUUCCCGGGCCUCCAGGAAGCUGUCUUUGUGGAACCCGUAUGAAUGUGAAUAACCCUUCCUACAGGGAAUCCAUGUUUGGGCCCAGUUCCCCGCACGUUCCUGUGAUUUUUGUCGUCAACAACCAGGAGGAGCUUGAGAGGCUGAACACCCAAAACGCCAUUGCAUUCCGCAAAGACCAGAGAUCUCUAUACUUCAAGGACAGCCUUGGCUGGCUCCCCAUCCAGGUGACCCCCUUCUACCCUGUGGACUACACUAUAGGCCACCAUGGCUCCUGUGGGGAUGGGGUCCUGCAGCCCGGGGAGGAGUGUGACGACGGGAACAGCAGCGUGGACGAUGACUGCAUCAGUCGUAUGGAGACCUGCAGUGCACCCCGUACUGCUACAUCGACUCCACGUCCUGCCGCUACUUCACAUGAGGGCCGCGAGGAGGAGGAGGGCUGCGUCUUACGUAACCGGCAGCAGCUCCUCCACCCUCAGCAAAUUGACUUCGCGCCAUCCUGGUCCAGUUUCCACCACCUUCGUGCGACAACAACAAGGACAAACUCUUGCUGCUAAGACAUGCUUGUAACUCAGUCCGACUGGAAGAACUUAGGACUACUGCAUCCUGUCUUAAUCCAGAGUCCAGGAAAACCUUCCACGUGCCCGACCCGGGAACUGUUCCCCAUUGCUACCAUCUGGCCGAAUAGCCAAACCUACAGUGCCCUUUCUCUUCUGGAAUGUCACUGACCCACACCAUGGACUUGGCUUAGAACUGUUAGCCCCACCUAGACCUGCAGGGCCUUUUGAAUUUGUUCUCCUCCCGCUUGGGGCAUCUGGUGUACAGGCCUCUCCACUCCUCUGAUCUCUGGAAAUGUGGGCAUUCUCACCCAGGGCAGUCGGCUGUCAGGUCUCUCCAGGCCCGUGAACCACAAAGCAGGGAAGUGGGCCCGUUCUCUCGGAGUGGCUCCCAGCUCUGGACCCACUGAGGAACCCCUCAAUUGGCUACGGCCCAGCACAGCCUCAUGUGGAUGCAGCUUCCCCAACAAGAGACCCAACUGUGAAAAGGUCCUGAGAAAGCCACCAAAAUGGUGCUCUGGCCCUGGAAGAGGGUGGAGGCCCAGCUGGGGUGCUCAGCAUGUGAACAAUAGCAGAUCAGUGGCCUUCUGCUUCUCAGUGUUUCCCAAAGGGGUAGCCCUUGUGGUUUCACUGUCCCCAGCACCAUCGUGACCUUGUGGCCCUCGGCACCUUGACCUCUGUCUUGCAAAUGCCCCUUAUGUCCCUUUCUUGUUCAGGAAAUUCACUACCAGAGGGUGACCUCCUAAGUCUACACCUGGGCAGGCUUUUGGUGUUUCCAGUCCUUAGGAAUGCACCACUCUGGGUUUCCCCAUGUGAGGCCCUAUGACUGAGUACCUGCCCUAGGCAGAGACCAUUUCUCCUGAGCUCCAGCUCCUGGCUACCUGCUGACUCCUGUGUGCAUCCCGUGGCCUUCCCUUUGUGUCUCUGUAGUGCAUUGCCUUGCCCUCAUGUCUGUGUGCCUGAGCCCCCCCACGUUUCUGCAGGGUCGUUAGUCUGGCCUGUCUGUGAGCUGCCUUAUACCACCAUCUUUCCUGAGUGGGGCUUGCUUAGCUUUGGUUCGCAAAGAUGUCUCCCCCAUGGCAGACCUCAAAUGGGAUUUGUCUAUUUGUUACCAGAUGGAGGGACGCUUUGGGGCUUUUGUACGAAGCUAGUGUGCCUGAGUCCUAGGGACUCAGUAGACAGGAGCUUCUGGCCCAGCAGACCAUCACUAGUGGUCUGUAGUAGAUGGGAUCAGCCCAAAGGUGAUGUCUUUAGAGGUGGGCACACUGGUCAGCCCAGUUCCCUCAGCCUCUACUGCACACCUUAGGGUGAUAUUGCCCCCAUGUAAAGCUACACCUUCAUGCUGGAUCUCCAUAUGGGAAAUCAAGAAAUACAAGCAGUUUGUUUCCCUCACUGUGGCUCUCUUUCCCUUGGGGUUUUGGGCCAGUGUCCCAGCAUUACUGUUUGGAAUGAGGGGUCUGAAUUCACUGCCUCCCAGGCUUUGCAAAGGGUUCUAGAAUGUGGAGCAGUACUGUCCCUCAGGGACAAGGGAGGAAACCGAUGUUGAGAGAGAUGGAGGGACUUACCUAAGGCCACAAAGCCUGCUCUUGCUAACCCAGCGCCACUCCAGCCUUAUUUUAGGACCACAAUUAAAACAAGAUGGAGCUCCAGCACUGCCCUUGGUUGGACCUGGCCACGUAAGGCCCUGUCCCGGGUCCCUUGCCUUGAAGGGCACCAAUCUGGCCCUCCUCUGGCCAUGACCCUCCCCACAGGUCAGGGAGUCUAUGAGGCCAAGGUGACCUUCCCACUGUAGCUUGUGCACCCCUCUCCCAGACCAUGAUCCAGGCACCCAGGAGACCACAGUUCCCAUCCAGGUGGUCCUGAGCAGGCCUCUUUGCCAUGUCUGUCCUCCUGAGUGUGACCUGCACACACCUGGGUGGCCAGGGACAAGCUGUGUUUAGAGGUUGUAGAUGGGGCUUGGAUAUGCGGGCUGGGGUUUCCACACAGAUAUACACGAAGCCCCUUUCAGUGUGGGCUGAGCCUUGUUCUCCUUGUGCCACCACAGAACUUUGAGGAAUCUAAAUAUUCCAAAUGCAAACCCAGCCUUCCAGGUCUUAUGAAAGUGUGACUGUCAAGUAAGCAGAGAGACGUAUUUAAUAAUAGUUUGUUAGAUUGAUUCUAACGUAAAUACUUAGACAUGUGGGGUGUGAGCCUCCAUCUGGGCUCUUGUAACCAGAUCCCACGAUAUUAGAGGUCGGCCUGUCUCCGACUAUUGCAAGGGGUUUCUGAAUGGCUCUGAAAAUGAAAGGAUUCAAAGCCACUUGUUUGAAGUAUAUAUAACAGUAGUAAUCCUCCCCCUGUGGCAUUGUGAUUUUUUUUUACUUAAAUUCAAUUAAUUCACAUAUAGUGUAUUAUUAGUUUCAGAGGGAUUCAGCAGUCUUGUAUAACACCCAGUGCUCAUGACACAACGUGCUGUCCUCAGCCCUCCCCUGAAAUGCUGUGGUACAGGGGGCAGCUUCCUCAGGACCAGGGGCGCCUUGUGCGCAGGCCAGGUGGCCACAGAAUAGGUAGCCAAAUGUCUCCUGGGAGCACUUGCUGGCCCUGUGUGGAGCCGAGGUGCUGCAGCGGGGAGGGAAGAGCACUGUACCGGGAGUCCUGACACUGGGGCUCAGACUUGGUUUGUCACUUCUCACAGACACCAACUCCUUACCUGGAAGAAACUGUACACAAGUUUCUUUCUUCCAGCCCUAACAUUUUGUGGGUGGGGACUCUGUUCUCCAGCUGCUCCUGAGGCUGUCACAUGGGUGGCUGUGAAUAUCGUAGGGUCUUCAGAGCUGCAGCUGAGUCACCAAAAAAGGCUAUGCCGGUUUAGAUGCUUUUGUUGGUGGGUAGCAGAAAAUCCAACUUAAAUAUAAUAUAAACCACAGGGUGGAAUUUAUUGGCUUAUAUAACUUAAAAAUUCCAGUGGCAGAGUGGAGAUCAGGCAUGGUUCAAUCAAGGCUCCCACUCCAUUUCUCUGCUUGAGCUGUCCUCUCUAUCUCCUGUUAGUUUGAUCCUUGGGUAGUCACAAGCUGACUAUUGCAGUUUCAGGCUUACAUCUGUACCCUAUAAUAUCCAGAGGAGGAGAGAACGUCUAUUCCAGUGGCUCUCAAAUUUUUUAUUCCAGAAUCCCCCCCAAAAAUCUUACCUUGAGCCUCGUUGCCUGUUUGGGGUCACAUGCCCAUUCAUUUGUUAUUGUCAGGAGAAUACCACCUAAUUGGAUUAUAGCUGGGUUCCUGAACCCACGGAGGCAAAAGGUGUUAAGAUUAUUCCUUGCCCACUCCCUGGGGAUUCUCCAGAAGCACAUCAGCUGUGUAAGGAAGGGGAGGCUAUUGGACUAUAUAGUGGGGAGCAGGUAUGGGGUGAAUGGGUGCUGGGUACACAUCACAGUGGCUGUCUCUGGUUUUGCUUUUCCUUUUGGCAGGAAUAGGUGCUGAGCCUUUGGGGCAAACAUUUGGGAAUAUUUCUCACAUCUAGAAAGCUCUUGGCUGAUUCCAACAAUCUACUUAAAAGAGGUCGACUCUCCUAGGGAGCCACAGGUUGUGAAAGAGGUGGUAUAGUUUGCUUUUGUGAAAAAAAGAGAGGAUCAGAUUCACCUAUCUGGGUUUGAAGCCUGUCACCAACUCCCUGUUUAAUUAUCCUGCAUAAUUUGCUUAACUUUUCUGAGUCUGUUUUUCUCAUCUUUAUACUGGGUUAUUUCAGGGUUGUGUUGAAUUUUAGUGAUAAUAUGGUUAAAAUUUCUGAAACCUAGAAACUCUUUAGGGAGGGUUGGGUUUUAUCUGUGUCAUUAUUAUUUAGUGACUCAAGCCGAAUCACUCACCUCUUUGGGACCUGGGGUUUCUUUCUUCCUGCUUUGAGGCUGGUUAUGAGUUCACUUUUUUUAAUUUUUUUAAAAGAUUUUAUUUAUUUGACAGAGAGAGACACAGCGAGAGAGGGAACACAAGCAGGGGAGUGGGAGAGGGAGAAGCAGGCUUCCCGCUGAGAUGGGAGCCCGAUUAGGAGCUCCAUCCCAGGACCCUGGGAUCAUGACCUGAGCCGAAGGCAGACGCCUAACGACUGAGCCACCCAGGCGCCCCAAGAGUUCACUUUUGACAGCUGUUUGGACCAAAGCCUUUACUACAAAGCAGUGAAAAAGAGCAGCAGUUCUCAAACUCUGCCUUGAGCCUCGUUGCCUGUUUGGGCCUGUUUGGGAAUCUCAUCAAACCAAGAAAGACAAGAUUAUGGUAGGACUUGGGGAGGGGUGGAAGUGUAGGUAGAAAAUGAAAGAAGCAUUGCGGGGACAGGCUCAAAGCAAAGCGGGCUGUGUAUAAAGGGGUCAAGAUCAAGCCUGGACUGGGAAGUGGACCCAGGUCCUGAUUCUUUGGAGAACUGCAAAGUUAAGAAAAGCAUGGACUGUUGUGGCUGGAAGUCCCUAUCAGGAUUUCUAAAUCUAGGGUAGAAAUCGAAACCGCUUCUCUGUGUCAAAGUGACAUACGGCUCAGGUCUUCCAGGCAAGAGUGGAAAGUUUCAUUCUUACUGAUAGGAUUGCAAACUGCAAAGUUUUGACAGCCCAAGAUUUUAGUCACAAAGGUUGACAGUGAUUUGGUUCAGGUGGCAGGAGUAAAAAGCAAAGCUGGGCUGUCACUGAAAAGAAAGCAGUAGUCACUCAAAGAAAAGAGUGAUUAUGAUACUGUAGGCUGAUGGCUUCCUGUUACCUUUGCUGCUUUAUCAGGGUCUGCUCUGGCAGUCUGAUGAAUGACAGGGUGCAGAGCUGACUUCUCCCCUCUCAGUCUGGACUGGUUUUUUACCCUGUCACCAGUAACGGAUGCCCAAGCUCUGUUCAACAGAUCCCCAAUGAUCCAGUCUGUGGCUAGGCCUCUCUAGGUCAGCCCACAGGCUCCUAACAUGACCAGGGAAGCGUGGGGAGGGGGUUUGGCCCCAGACGUCUUUAUCCACCUGCAAAGCCAUUUGAGUGACAAAUUUGUUAUCGAAGUAAGGUCUUUAGAAAACGUUAGUAACUAGUACUUAGGAAGCAGUGCUUGGGAAGAUGGUAGGACAAAUUUUCUAAGCAUCAUGGGACAGAUACACUGGUCAUCCAUCACUCUAAUACAGGCCUGGAGGACACAUGGGUCAAAUUGCUCAAGAAAUCUCCAAACCUCAUAAUUAAUGGGCCAACCAUGCUCCAGUGACUGCUUUACUUGAGUUGUCCCCCUCUCCUUUCCUCCCCUGUAGUGGAGUGAACCAAUUUCAAUGAAACUCAGAUCUUGCAUUUGUGUGGUAACAAUGAGCUCACAGAUCAAGGAUCUUGGCAAGUCAUCAAGGAGACUGUUAUACUUCAGCAACCCACAGUUACCACCCAUGGGCCCAGAGGCUCCAGGAGUGUGGUUUCCAUCUCCAUUUGUAACCACUCUGAGAGGCUGCAGAUCACACAAGAGUAAUGGGUUAAGGACUCCCCACCCCACAUCAUCCAGUUCCUUCCCUCCCCUGCCCCUGGGGUGGGGGGAAACAGAGGAAGAGAACUCACACUGCCUUUAUCAGAGGGGAUUCCUCUCUGGGGGUUCACCUCAGUUCUUUGCAGCCCCGGACAGUUGACUUUUGGAGUCAAGACAGCUCAACAAGAAACAAACUCACUAAAGGAAAAAUGGGCUAUUUCCCCUGCCCUCUGUUCCCCUUUGUCCCACUACCUUUACAAAAAGAAAUAGGGGUCCAUGUAAUAAUGAAAUCCUGCUGCCAAGAUGCUGGUAUCUCAAGAGAAUUGGUCAUUAUUUUGGUCUUGCCAUCCUUCUACCCCCUCAAUACCUCUUCUGGAAUUUGGGUUUUGACGUUCUGACUCAUAAGGAGUACCACACCCCACUGCAUGUGCUACUCCAGGUUAUUCUCCAUCCAACACCUAGCACGGGAAAUUGAAGGCAGUCAUCCCUAGUCGUGGAUCAUCACUUGAGGCCCAUCACAGGAGACUGUCUUCUUAGGGCAGAGGUUUAAAGCUUUAGGGUUUAUAAGGAUGACCUGAAGGCUUGUCAAAAGAGAUUACUGGGACCCACUUCGGAGUUUACGAUUCAGCGUGGUGGGACUUGAUAAUUUCUAUUUCUAACAAGGUCCUGAUGGUGCUGGACCCAGGGACCACAUUUUAAGAGCCACUACACUCUGGGAAAAUGUCUCAUCUGAGACCAAAUACACUGGGGGAGAGGAGGACUUUGGGUAGGUGGCUUUUUUAAUACUCUUCCAUUAAGAAGGAGUCCCUUCCUCUUGAAUCUAGGUCGGCUUUUGAUGGUUCAGACCAACAGAAUACUGUGGAUGUGAUGCUGUGUGACGUCCAAGGCUAGGUCAUCUACGGCCAAGCAGCUUCUUGGGACACUCAUUCUAGGGGAAAGCAGCCAUCAUGUAGGAAGACCAACUACCUAGAGACUGCCAUGUCAGAGAGGCUCUGCUUGAUAGUCCCAAAUGAACCUGCUUCCAGCCAUCCCCACCAUGGUGCCACACGUGUGAGUGAAGCCAGUUUGGAUUCUCCGGUCCUGCCCAUCUGCCACCUAAGUAACACUGAGCGACCUCAAUCAAAGCCCCAAGGAGAAUUGCCCAGCCAAGCUCUAUCCUAAAUCCUAACCAACAGAUUCCAGGAGAUAAAAUGGUUUUAAGCCACUAAGUUUUAGGGUAGUUUGUUCCUUAGCAAUAAGUAACAAAUAGUGCUUUAGGUUGGAAAGCUUAGCGAGGAAGCCAACUACUCUGAACAGGGCAAAGUGCGAAGUCCAGAGGGGCCGCUGGCUUGGCUUUGGUGCCCUCUGCAGGAACCAUGAAUAGAAAUUGGCCUUAACUCCUACGUGGACUUUUAUUUAUCUGCCCAGGAGAAAAGUCAGGCCGAGAGGGGACUUAGUGAUCGUAUGGCCCAGGGUUCUCAACCGUGGUGGGGAUGUGGGGAUGUGGAGGUAGUAGACUGACUGCAAUAGCCGCCUAAUUCUCACACCUCUCCAACGUACUUUGCAACUCCUCCCAUCCGCUGGUGGAAGGCACGGUAUUUGCCCACCCCUUGAUUCUGAACCUGACCCUGCGACUUGCUUUGGCCAAUGACAUGUUAGCAAUUGUGACAGAGGCAGUGGUGUUUUCUCUCUCAAUCUGGCACCUCUGCCUCCGCCAUGACAAUAUGCCUAUGCUAGGCUGCUAGAUGUUAAGUCACAUGGAGCCCACCUGAACUGGCCAAGGCCAUCGUGGGUCAGCUGAAUCUGUCAACUGCCAGACAUACGGAGCCCGGUCAAGACCAGACUGUCCAGGCACUCCCAGUCUAAAUCAUCAAUCCAGACUUGUAAGCAAAAUAAAUGCUUAUUUUAAGCCACUGAA